AUGUUGAAUAAUACUUUAGGAGACUCGUUCUUUACGAGUCAUGAUGAACUUAAUAUUGCAGAAAACGCAUGGAAGAAUUAUUUCAACUCAUUUGAAAGUGAGGUUAUAGCAACAGCGAUAAUUGCAUUUUUAAUGCACGAAAUUGUUUAUUUUGGACGUUGCAUUCCAUUUAUGAUUGCUGACUUCAUACCAAGUUUCGCUAAAUACAAGCUACAGCCGAACAAGGUUAAUACAGUCGAAGAACAAUGGGUUUGCUUGAAAUCAGUAUUAAAGGCUCAUUUUCUAAUAGAAUUACCUUUGAUAUUUUCAUUCCAUUCCGUAGCCACAUUUUUUGGAAUGGAUAUUGCCAAAGUACCAUUUCCACAUUGGCAAACUAUGUGUUAUCAAGUAGCAAUUUUUUUCGUGUUUGAAGAUACUUUUCAUUAUUGGUUUCACAGAUUGUUACACUAUGGACCAUUCUAUAAAUAUAUUCAUAAACAACAUCAUGAAUAUUCCGCACCAUUUGGUUUAGCGGCAGAAUAUGCACAUCCAAUUGAGGUACUUAUCUUGGGUACUGGUACGAUUGGAGGUCCUUUGGCAUAUGUAGCAAUCACACAAAACUUACAUCUCGUCACUGUUUUUAUUUGGAUUAGCUUAAGAUUAUUUCAAACUAUUGAUGCCCAUUCAGGUUAUGAUUUUCCUUGGUCCUUAAGACAUUUCUUACCAUUUUGGGCAGGAGCGGAGCACCAUGAUUAUCAUCAUAUGGCUUUUGUAAAUUGUUUCUCUACAUCAUUUAGAUGGUGGGAUCAUUUAAUGGGUACUGACCUAAAAUAUCAAGCUUACAGAAAAAAGAAAGAUGAAGAAUUAAAAGUUGCUUCGACUUCUGACAGUAAGAAGAUUAAUUAG